AUGGAAGGUAUCGAACAACUACAAGACGAUGUGGUUCAACUUGACAGUCGAGUAACAACCAAUGAAAACACUGUAAAUGAGGUCAAGGUCGAUGUCAAAAAUACGAAGAAAGACGUGGUGAAGAUUAAAAAAGAUGUCAACAAACAAGGGAAGAAAUUAGACUCCAUGGGAAGAGUUGUUGAUGAUACCGUUAAAAAAGUGGAAGAAAUCGAUCAAAAGGUAGUUCUGCUGUGUUUUUAG